AUGUCCAUCGCAGCAAACCCGCUCGCCCACAAUCCGCGCUGCCCGAAACGCUCCCUCACAACCACAAUCCUGCAGCGCUACAACACCUACCCCCACACCCUCGCCUUGAUUCUCAACAACACCUCGAUCUACUCGUUUCAGAUGACCAUGCAGAGCGUCCUCGGCAGCGGGACGAUCGGGGUGCACGGCGGGCAUCCACUACUCGAUGGGCGGGGACCCUGGCUGCGAUGUGUUGCCAUAACAGGCGCAAUGGGUGAGAAAGGUCCCACAAUCACCCCGCUUCGCGUCUCGAAAUGGGACAAGCGGCUUCAUGAGUAUGGCGGGACCGGAAAAGGCCAGACGCCCUGA